AUGGCAAAAAAAAAGAGUAAUAAUAAUAAUAAUAAUAAUAAUAAUAAUAAUAACAAUAAUAAAAUCAUUAUAGAAGAAGAGAUCAUUGAUAGUGAUGAAGAAGGAUGGGAGGAAGUACCAACAAAAGAACAAAGAAAUAAAGAAAUGAAUGAAAAAAGAGAAAAGAGAAAAUUAGAAAAAGAGAAGAAAAGACAACAAGAAAUUAUUGAACAUAAUGAAAAACAAAAGAAAAUUGCAGAAUUAUUUUCAGACUCAUCAAAAGCAUUCAAUAUUAAAAAUAGACCAGCAGGAUAUAAUCCAUGGGAUAUAUUAGACGAAGAUGAAGAUGAUAUCACUCAUACUCAAGAACAUCAAAAAAGAAAUGGUGCAAAACAAACCUCUGAAAAUCCAAACAAUGGUUUCCAUUAUCCUGGUAGUGAUAGAUUAUCAAAUUCAAAUGAUAAAUUAAAAAAGAAAAAGAAACAAAUUCAACAACAACCACAACCACAAUCACCAUCAGAUUCUAAACAAUCUUUAUCAAAUGCAAUUCAAUCUUUUAAUUUUGAAAAAUAUUAUGAUUUAUUAAAAAAUAUCGAAAAGAAAUUUCCAAAGGUAGUUGAUGUUCAAAUUAAAUGUGUUGCAGAAUGUUUAGAGGAACAUUUUGGUUCAAUUCCAUCUGAUCAAUCUCCAUUUUAUCAAAGAAUUGAUUAUUUAUCAAAAUUUGAUGAUAAAUUUAGAAAAGAAACGACUAAAUUCUUUUCAAGUAGACCAAUGUCAAAUAUAUUACCAACAGUUGAUAAAGAUGCAAUUUCAAGUAGUGGUGUAGGUUUGGAGAUACUACUUCAAUUGAUUUUUAGAUAUUUCCCAGACUCUUUAUUAAUGAAUUUACAAUAUUUCAAAUCACUAAGUUUACAAACUUUGAAACCAAAUGUUGUCUCUCUAUAUCUUUGGUUCUUUUCACAACCAAUUCAAAAUAAUUUACAUUCUAUAACUGCUUCAAUUUGGUUACAAAUCGUUUUCCCAAUCUUAUAUAAAGCAAAAGUUUCAAAUCAUUCAAAUUUAGAAUUAUUUGAAAAGUUUACUAUUCAAUUAUUAGAAUUAAAGAGAGUUCAAAAGAAUGGUAUUGAAAUUGAAGAUACUGUUUUAGCAAAUUCAUUGGAUGAAUUUCUUAAUGCAUUGAUUUUACAAACUGUUCAACCAAUUGGUAUGAAAUAUUCUGAUAUCUUAUUUGAUUUGAAAAAAUUAUUUUCAAAUAAUAAAAUACCAUCAUCAUACUUUUAUGUAUUAUUAAAUUAUAGUGCUAUGCCAGAUGAAGCUUUAAGAGAAAGAUUUUUAAAUAAGGUAAUUGAAUGUUUAAAUAUAGAUAAUAAUUGUUUUCAUUAUUUGAAGAGUAGAUAUGUUGAAUUUAUCGCUCAAAUCAAUAAUUUAUUACUCUAUGUUUUAUUACAAUGGAAAUCAUCAGAGAAAAAGGAUGGUAAUAAACAACAUCAACAUCAACAUCAACCAACCUUAACCAAACAAUCAGUUUAUGAAUUAGCAUUAUUCUGUAGAGAAGAAAAUAAUAGUUUAUUAUUAAAAAGACAAUUACAAAUUCAACAACAUCAACAACAACAACAACUUUUACAACAACAAGGAAAACAAUUAAAGAAACCACAAAAGAGUACUUUUGAAGUUGAUGAUGUUAAUCUUUGUAAUAUAACUUGUGAUGUAAGUAUUAUUAUAUUAAUGGUACCAUUAGUAAUCGUUGGAAGUUAUUAUUCCAGACAAAUGUUUUGUGAUGGUAAUAUUAAUCUUAAUCAAUAUUUACCAAAAGAAAAUGUUGAUUUAUUGCAAAAAUAUCUUUGUCAAUAA